UUUCAGGGUCCAACAACGACGUCGUCGAUAGCACCCUGCUAUUAGGCGCACCGAUGAAAUUGUUUACCAACAGGGUCGGCGCCGCGUGUACUCGUCGUGUAUAUGACUCCACAGUUCUCCCUUCAUCCGCUUGAGGUCACUGAACACUCAACCAUCUCCACAAUACCCACUGUCCUCUCCUCCAUUUCAAGGGGGUGCCUAGAACAACUCCAGCCUCACUAUAAUUGCACCAGAGUUCAAAGGUGGACUGUUCCUAGCCCAUCAUCGCUAUCCGCAUUUACUUCUCCGCACACAGCUUGAUACCCCAACAUUUUAUACACGACACCUUUCCCACUCCUCCAUCAAUCUCCCCGAACAUUGCCCAUCAUGUCAGGGCCAUCAAUAAUUGUGCCUUCCUCUGGAAGCCGCUUCGUGCGGCGCCUCAGCUCGAGUGAGGCAACUCGCGAGUCCUUGUCGAUGGGGCCAACUGUCGUUGUUCCUCCAAAACACCUCAUGGCUCCCUCAGACGCCAACGAAGUAGCUUCUGCCAUGGAAACUGCGAGGCAUGAACUGGACUCGUCAGCUACCCCAGGAACUCCCAUUACGCCCCCGGAGACGGCCAUGACUGACAAGUACGCCUACGCUUUCGAUAUAGAUGGUGUCCUCAUCCGCGGAGGAAAACCUAUUCCCGAGGCCAUCGAAGCCAUGAAAGUGCUGAACGGCGAGAAUGAAUAUGGCAUCAAAGUACCAUACAUCUUCGUCACAAACGGUGGCGGCAAGACUGAGCAGGAACGAUGUCUUCAACUGAGUCAACAACUAGAGAUUGAGGUCUCGCCCGGACAGUUCAUCUGUGGCCACACUCCCAUGCGAGAAAUGGCCGAGAGAUACCACACCGUUCUCGUCGUUGGUGGCGAAGGGGAGAAGUGCCGUCAAGUCGCCGAGGGAUACGGUUUCAAGGAUGUUGUUACGCCUGGUGAUAUCAUCAAAGAUAACCAAGAUACGACCCCUUUCCGUAAACUCACCAUUGAAGAGUACGACAAUUCUAGACUUCGGAAUUUCGGCGAAAUCGAAAUCAACGCAAUUUUUGUGUUUGCAGAUAGCCGAGACUGGGCUUCGGACCAGCAGAUCAUUCUCGAUCUUCUAAUGUCAAAAAAUGGUCGCUUGGGCACCCGGUCCGAGACAUUUGAUGAAGGCCCCCCUGUCUUCUUCUCGCAUAACGAUGUCGUUUGGAGUACCUCGCAUGACCUUACUCGCAUCGGCAUGGGCGCCCUUCGCGUGUCUCUCGAAGCUAUGUUCAAGGCCGUCACCGGAAAGGACCUGAGAACUACUGCAUUCGGCAAGCCUCAAAUUGGCACAUUCCAGUUUGCCACUCGUCUGCUACAGCAGUGGCGCAAGGAUAUCCACAGCAUUGAUUCUCCCCCAGACACUGUAUACUUCGUUGGAGACACUCCUGAAUCCGAUAUUCGAGGCACAAACGAGUUCGACAGUCAUGCCAACAACAGCUGGUAUUCCAUCCUCGUCCGUACUGGCGUGUUCCAGGAGGGUACCAAGCCACGCUUCCAACCAAAGGCAACUGUCGACACUGUCCUCGAGGCUGUCAAGCAUGGCAUGGAGCGUGAAUAUAAGAAAGCCUUGAAGGCUAGUAUUCAGAAAGCACCAGGUAUUGACAAUGCUAUCAUGGAAGAAUAGAUCUCUUCGCAUGGAAUGGACUAAAAAUUCACAUAUCUUCAAUUUGCAGCAUAGCAUCCGGCGUUCGUGGGUGGUUUGAUUUCGAUGUCAUCAUCAUCAGCCUAAAACCAGUAGGCUUGCAUAGAACGGCGAUUUUCGCCUCGCAUACACAUAGACUCAGGCAUGUACAUAGGAACAUAUAGAGAUAGGUGGCUGUGGUGAUGACACCACGUGAGAUAUUGGUGACAAUUUCAGUCGUCAUGAACUUAUACAGUCGGCAGAAUCAACGACGUAAAACUUUCUCAGGUAGUUAUUUCUGUUCAGG